AUGCUCUUGUCUCUUGCCAUCGUCAGCGGCCUAGCCGCUCUCUCUCAAGGCUACGUCUUGACCGCGUACAAGAACGCCGACGACUGCAAAGCACAGGGUGACACUAACUACCGCAUCUACGAAGGCGACUACGACGGGUGCCAAACGUUCGGCGGCCAGUCAGGCUCAACUUGUACCGAGUACUCCAACGGCGGCACUAUCGGGCCCAAUACUUGUUCAAGUGACGUUUGGGAGGUGCACUCUGUUGCUCUCGAUGGAAAGACUCAGAUCAGCGGCGCGCAGCUUUGUUACACGUGUACUUACUACACUGACGAGCAUUGUGGAUCACUCAACCAGAGUCCUCAGUGGUACUGCGAUGGCUGGGAAACUGGUCCAAAAUCCUUCCGAUGCGAACUCGCUCAAUCUCCUAGUGACUGCUAG